AUGGCGGUCCGCAGAAAAAGGCUGAUGCUCGUGGUGGCUUUUGCAUGCGCUCUGUUCUUCCUCUUCUUUCAUCUCUAUGGAUCGACCUUAGAGGUUCUUCCCACUGUAUCACCUUUUGAGUAUGGAUUGGGUCAUGGUGAUCCUGCAAGGGCUGGCAACUUGAAGCCCGUGAAGGGCCAUCUGAUCAAUCCCAUCACCAGCUUUAUUCCUCUUCCCACCGCAUUUCAAGUUCUGCCCAAGAUCCAACAUGACUUUAAGCCCGAGAGUGAGGCUGCUAGAGAAUCUCGACUGGCCCGCCUGGAGGCGAUCAAAGAGGCCAUGAUGCACUCGUGGAGUGGAUAUCGAGAGAGGGCAUUUUUGCAUGACGAAUUGGCCCCAGUGACCGGAGGUUAUAGGAGGACCUUUGGUGAUUGGUCUUUGACGCUGGUGGACGCACUGGACACGCUCUGGCUGAUGGGCUUCAAGGAUGAGUUUGAGGCCGCGGUUCAGGCCGCCGCCAGCAUCGACUUCAACACUGCUACGCAAUUACCCAUCAAUGUCUUUGAAACCACAAUCCGGCACCUUGGAGGUCUUCUCGGGGCGUACGAUGUGAGCAGUCGAAAAUAUCCUAAAUUGCUCGAGAAGGCCAUAGAACUCGGUGAAAUGCUGUACGGCGCCUUCGACACGCCGAACCACAUGCCAGUCACAAAGUGGUCAAAGAUUGGUGUAGAAGGCGCAUCAGGCCAUACGCUCGUUGCUGAACUUGGGACGCUGAGUCUGGAAUUUACCAGGCUCACGCAGCUGACCGGAGACCCGAAGUACUAUGAUGCGGUGCAGCGCAUCUCCGACUGCCUCGAGAGCCAGCAGAACCAGACAAGGGCACCAGGGCUUUUCCCGCACAUUGUCAAUGCGAGAGAAUGCUGGUUCGGGGACGGUGUGACCUUUUCUAUUGGCGGGUCUGCUGACUCUGUCUACGAAUACUUCCCCAAGGAAUAUCAGCUGCUCGGAGGCGCCAGCGAGCAGUACAGGAAGCUCUAUGAAAUCGCCAAGGAUCCCAUCAAGGAGUUGAUCCUCUUCAGACCCAUGACCCCUACCAACGAAGACAUACUCAUGGCAGGCACUCGAAAGUCCUUCAGGCCGGGUCAUACCGAACUCAUACCACAGACCCAACAUCUCGCCUGCUUCGCUGGAGGCAUGUUCGCAUUGGCAGCGAAGCUUUUUGAUUCUCCCGAAGACCUGGAGACGGCGGAGAAAUUGGUCCGCGGCUGCAUCUGGGCAUACGAGCAGACCGCAACAGCAAUCAUGCCGGAGAUAAUCCACCUCAUCUCGUGCCCUGCCGACGACGGUCAAUGUAAAUGGGAUGACAAGGCCUGGUUCAAACACAUGCUCCUCCUCAACUCCCACGACGAAACGCCUCAGGACAAACUGCUGCCCGAAGACGAACGCCUCCGCAAGAAGUCCCAGCGGCUGCGAUUGCCGAAAGGCAUCUCGGCCAUCGCCAACCGCGCCUACGAACUGCGGCCCGAGGCAAUCGAGUCGAUCUUUGUCCUCUAUCGGAUCACCGGUGACGAGUCCCUGCGUGAAAGCGCGUGGGCAAUGUUCGAGGCCAUCACCAAGCACACGCGCACAGAGUAUGGGUAUUCGUGCAUUGAGGACGUGACGCAGACCGAUCCGAGGAAGACGGACAAAAUGGAAAGCUUCUGGAUGGCAGAGACGCUGAAGUACUUUUGGCUGCUGUUUGAAGAUCCCAGCGUUGUGAGUCUCGACGACUUCGUCCUGAACACAGAGGCGCACCCGUUCCGAUUGCCGAAGAGGAGAUGA